AUGUCGUUGAAGACAAUCCCGUUUGAACGGUGGGAUAUUUCCGUGUUAUUGGCCUUAUGUACGGCUCAGCCUCCUGAUCACCGUGGUUCGCAUCAGUUUGUGGUUUUUCGCCAUUGGAAAUUACUCGCAGAGGUCUGUGAUGAUCUUCGAUCAAGCAAUCAAUCAAUCAAUACUGUAGUUCGUCGCCAUGAAAGUUUAAUACAGAGAGUACACCUACCACACCCCAAAGCCUUAUCUCACGCCUUCCAAGCUAUAUCGAAAACAAUUAAGACGACAAUACUAUUGGAAGAAUUGAAAUUGGAAUUGAAGGAAGUGUUGUCGGCCUUGAAAUCACUACACACAAACACACAAACUACCGCGAGACAACCCUCCAUUCAACGAAUCCCCAGAGAAGACGGAAGAAUGAAAUUUGGAAAUUGGAGAUUAGACAUUGGAUCAAUUCAUGGAACUAUCUAUAUUCAUGAGGUUUAG